AGUUGCGGUGCGGCCGUGGUGCGUAGUAGUCGUGUGAGUGGUUGUGCGAGCAGGCGGUCUAUGGUUUGCUGCAGUUAUCGCAGUUACUGCAUCUGUCUCUUCGCUUCGACGCAGACUUUUUUUUUUCUAAAUUCCGUGUGCUUAGUGUUGGUGAUGAUGGUCGUCAUAUGUUUGGCAGCGGCCAUGGUGGGAGGUAUAUGAGGGGUGGUUAGUUGACGGCGCCUGUCAGAGCGACGCUAGACGUCGCCCAUGCCGGUUGUGCUCUGGCAGUAGGGAACACAAUUAGGCGGUUAUGUGAUAACGAGAAGUCCCUCCACCACAGUAUUUCGCUUUUCAUCUGGAUUUUUUAUUCGUGAGUAAUGAGUGAGACUUGUCGCUACGACAGUGUUCUUAUACCGCUGCUGGUGUGAUAUCGACAUAAUUAUGAGUGUUUGUUCCUGUUCAUCUUGACCCAUUUUAUUAUCUUUUCGGACAAAAUAUGGAAGAACCGCUGCUGACUGGAGCCUUAAGGCUGAUAGUGUGUGUAGUGUUAUGUCACAGCGCAUGGGGCGCCUCGGAACAACAGACGCCGGCCGCGCCGUCGCUCCGAUACGAGGCUCCGGAUGAUUGUCAGUGGUGGAUCCGUGAGACGUCCGGUUCCGGCGGUGAUGAAGUGGCUCUCACAUGCAAGCUUCGCACUAUCAACAGUGAGUUUGAUACAACCAACUUCAGUGUCAUCCCGUCUGAACACACGACCUCGCUGCGAAUAGAAUGCAAUAAUAUGUUGAUGUCACGGAGUUCACUGGAUGAUAGCAGUUUCGUACACCUGACACGCCUCCGCGAAUUGGUGCUGGAUCACUGUAAACUAGGGAGAUGGCCCAAGGGAACGCUAACGGGGCUUCGAGACCUGAGGAACCUGACAGUACGUACCUGGAACACGGACUGGCCGGCCAUGAGUCUGGAGUUAUCUCCCGAGAGUUUCUCUCCCGUGCGGCAACUUGAGAGACUUGACCUCAGCUAUAAUAACAUCUGGUCCUUCCCUGAGAACGUCUUUUGUCCGCUUUCGAACCUCGUGAGUUUGAACAUCAGUCGUAAUCGACUGCAGGACAUCAGCGAAGUGGGAUUCCGCGAGAAAGCGGCACCGCCACAGCCGCUGGUCAGUACACAGGAGGAGGAAGGCGCCCUAGCCCCCGCAAUUUCACCGCCAGCCUCCUCACCUUGCGGCUUGGACAUCCAAGUACUGGAUGCUUCGUGGAACCACUUCGUUUUGAUACCCACCAAUGGAUUCAGCACCCUCCGUAGGCUGCGUGAGCUUCAUCUUCACGACAAUGAGAUCUCCAUGGUGGCAGAUCGCGCUCUGGGAGGACUUAAAGGCCUUCAAGUGUUUGAUUUGUCUAACAACAAAGUAGUAGCACUCCCCCCUGAACUAUUUCGUGACUCAGCCCCCAUAAUAAAGGAAAUAUAUCUGCAGAACAAUUCCAUUAGUGUUCUAGCGCCGGGACUGUUCGCAAAUUUAGGUCACCUCUUAGCUCUGGAUCUGUCGCGCAACCAACUGACAAGCGCAUGGAUUAACAGUGGCACGUUUUCUGGCCUCAUUAGGCUCGUUCUUCUCAAUCUGUCGCAUAACCGGAUAUCGAGACUGGACCCUACGUUUUUCCGUGAUCUUUACACUCUCCAGAUUCUAAACCUGGAACAUAACCAGCUCGAAACCAUUCCAGCGGACACCUUCGCGCCUAUGAACAAUCUGCAUACGCUUGUCUUAUCUUAUAACAAAAUUAGUUACUUAGACGCGUACUCACUUAACGGUUUGUAUGUACUCAGUCUCUUGUCCCUGGAUAAUAAUCUGUUGGAAAAUGUGCAUCAGGACGCUUUUAGAAAUUGCAGCAGCAUCCAGGACUUGAACCUAAACGGAAACACCCUGUCUACAGUGCCCUUAGCCCUGAAGGAUAUGCGACUUCUUAGGACAGUAGAUUUGGGUGAGAACGCAAUUACCAAUCUUUCCGAUCCGGGUUUCAAAGGUAUGUCUAAUCUAUAUGGGUUACGCCUCAUAGGCAAUCAAAUAACUAACAUAACGAAAAAUAUAUUUGCCGAUCUCCCUUCAUUGCAGAUACUGAAUCUCGCUCGUAACCGUAUACAGAGAGUGGAACAUGGAGCUUUUAGUGCGAAUUCGGACUUACAGGCUAUUCGUCUGGAUGCUAAUUUAUUGACAGACAUCAAUGGCUUGUUUGUUGACAUAUCGAGCCUGUUGUGGCUUAACAUCUCGGACAACCAAUUGGAGUGGUUUGAUUAUGCGCUGGUGCCGCUGGGUUUACAGUGGUUAGAUCUUCACAAGAACUACAUAAAAGAGCUGGGAAAUCAUUACGAGUUGGGUUCGGAGCUCAGAAUCCAAACACUAGACGCGAGUUUCAACAAACUGACGCGUGUGACAGCCAAUUCGAUCCCUAACAGUGUGGAACUACUGUUUCUGAAUGACAAUCUUAUCACAACAGUGGAGCAACACACAUUUCUGAAGAAAACGAACCUGACACGUGUGGACCUGUAUGCAAAUCAGAUAGUGAGUAUGGAUCUCAGUGCCCUGAGGUUGACUCUUGUUGACAAGGAUCGCCCGUUGCCUAAUUUUUACAUCGGCGGGAACCCGUUCCAGUGUGACUGUACCAUGGAGUGGCUGCAACGGAUCAAUAAGCUGGGCCAUCUUCGUCAGCAUCCACAUGUUAUGGAUCUUGAAAGCAUUUACUGCAAGCUGAUGUACAACCGUUACCGCACCUACAUACCACUAACUGAAGCCGAGUCCUCCCAGUUCCUCUGCACCUACAAGACGCACUGCUUCGCCCUGUGUCACUGUUGUGACUUUGAUGCUUGUGACUGCGAGAUGACUUGUCCCAGCAACUGCACCUGUUACCACGACCAAACAUGGUCUGCCAACAUCGUGGAAUGCUCCGGGAUAGAAUAUACAGAAAUGCCUAGCAGCAUCCCGAUGGACGCUACUGAGGUGUACCUGGACGGAAAUAAUUUUGGCGAACUCUCCAGUCAUUCGUUCAUUGGGCGCAAGAAUUUGAAGGUUCUGUACGCAAACAACUCGAACAUAGCUGCCAUAUACAAUCACACGUUUAGCGGCCUGAAGCGCCUAACAGUGUUACAUUUGGAGAACAAUCGAAUCAAGGAGUUGCUAGGGUUCGAACUCGAGAGUCUUACUAGCCUCCGCGAGUUGUAUCUGCAAGGUAACCAAAUCCACGUCAUUGACAACAGGACAUUCACGCAUCUGGAGCACCUCGAAGUCUUGCGAAUUGACGGAAAUCGCCUGUCCACUUUUCCAGUCUGGCAGUUUACGUUGAACCCUUAUCUAGUUGAGAUAGGACUCGGCGAGAAUCAGUGGUCGUGCGAUUGUCAGUAUCUCCACCGAUUCCGUAUCUGGCUUCAAGGUAACUUUGUUAAGGUUGUGGAUGCAAACAAAAUAGCCUGCAUGUUUAACAACGUGACGCAUGUCGUUGGGCCGCCGCUUGCAGACUUUAACUCAAGUUCUUGUGCUGCGUUUACUGGCGGCUCUACUGCUGUAGUGGAGAAUAAAGUCAUAAAUGAUUACCUCCCCCUCCUCUUGGUUACGUUGUGUGUGUUCCUCGCUUGUGCCGGGCUAGCUUGUGGGGCAUUCUACUACCGACGUGAACUUCGCGUCUGGGUGUAUUCUCGAUGUGGGCUCCGCAUGUGCUACAAGACGACAGCCUUUGAAGAGGAACAAGACCGCGACAGGCUGUUCGAUGCUUACAUCAGCUACAGCGUUAAGGAUGAUGCUUUUGUAAGCCAGGUACUAGCACCGGGUCUCGAACAAGGGGACCCCACCUAUCGGUUAUGUCUCCAUUACCGUGAUUUCAACAUGAGCGCUUAUGUGGCGGAUACUAUAAUAGAAGCGGUGGAAUCCUCGCGAAGAACAAUAGUAGUAUUAUCCAAAAAUUUCCUCCAUUCAGAAUGGUGCCGUUUCGAAUUUAAAUCGGCGCUACACGAGGUACUGAAAGACAGGCGUCGGCGUCUAGUUAUUAUUGUGUUGGGGGAGUUACCACAGAGGGAUCUAGACCCAGACUUGAGGCUGUACCUCAAGACAAACACGUGUAUAGAGUGGGGAGACAGACUCUUCUGGCAGAAGCUAAAGUUCGCAAUGCCGGAUGUUAAGAAAAACUCGUGUAACUCAAACCGGGAGUCUACCCGACACCACCGUCAAAGAUCGUCAUUGAACCUGUACUCAGCGACAUCUACAGGGCCUCCGAGUUUUGAUAGAAGUAGGAGCCCUGUUCUGUCACCGUCCCUACCUCUGCCACCACAGCCUCCUGCAGGGAAGUUGUUGCCAGCCUUCCUGCAUCACCAUCAGAACAACCUGCAGACUGCGGAGCGAGAGUUGCCUCGACGUAUCGCCCAGCCGCUGUGGGCGUAGCGGCUGUUCCGCCGCAGUCGCAAGCUGUGGUCACGUGACGUGGAAUGGCCGCUGGGAAGGGGUUUCUACUACCAUGUGAUUACCGGGCGCCAUGUCUGGACUAGUGACCGGCACGACGCUAGCGGCGAGGAUUCAACUUAAAAGAGUAUGAACACAGACAUUCAUUAGAGAUUAACGGGAAACAGUACAGACCGAUAAUGAGGGCGCACUAUAUGUGACAUCUGAAGAAGUGUAAGAAAAAGAGAUAAGACCCGAUUUUCAAAGUGAUUCGAGUGCAGGGCUUCGCAGCAAAUCUUCUUAGUACUGAAAUACUUCUCUAAUAUUUUAGCUGAGUAAAAGACAACUACAUACGAGGAAUGGGUUUGGGUAUGAGCAAACUGCUAUGUUCUGGCAAGUUUUUGCCCUCUUAUAACGAGCUGGCUGGAAGAACUUCUUUUUUCUUUCGCCUUAGGCAGUGACCAAGCUGACGAACUGAAAAACGAAUUCAAUUGUCAAGGUGAACAAUGUCCUCUUUCUUUUUUUCUUCUUUCCAUGAUACAACCGCCCUGAACAAAGGCAACAACGAAUAAGGAGGUUGUGACUGCUAAUAUGAAUUUCUCGUGCUGAGUCUUUCAGAGAGGGGAGGCGAUGGUACAUAGCUUCAAUUGGCGUUCAGCUCCUCGCUCUUAGAGACAUGUGGUUAAUUUGCUUACCGCAGAGGACAUUUGCAACUAAAGGUGUUCUCUUGGAAGAUGUUUUUUUUAAUUUACGAAAUCAA